CAUUGAAUCAAAGAUGAGAGGAACCGCAGCGUUAGCCACUGUCAUGGCCUCAUUGUUGCUCUUCUUCUCGUCCAUGCCGAUUGGCCAAGCACAGCUAGGCCUAGACCUAGGUGGACCAAAAGUGAGCCGCAUCCAAUUCUACUUACACGAUCUCCUUGUCGCAGAGAAGCCUACGGCAGUGCCUGUCUCUGAAGCCAAGACGACAGGCGACUCGCCCAGUCGCUUUGGCGAGGUUGUCGUUAUUGACGACCCCUUGACCGAAGGACCGGAGCUCACAUCCAAGCUUGUUGGUCAGGCUCAAGGCCUGUAUCAUUUCACAUCCCAAAGUGAGAUCACUUUGUUCGAGUCCCACACUAUAGUAUUCACAGGCGGCAAGUUCAAUGGUAGCAGUCUCAAUGUGGUGGGGAGGAAUCCACUUCUGCAUACGGUGAGGGAGUUGUCGAUUGUCGGAGGUACAGGAGUUUUCCGCCUGGCUCGUGGCUAUGUUCUUAAAUCAACCCACUCUAUCGAUCCCGCAACUCUGAAUGGUAUAGAGUUCUGCAAUGUAACUGUUUUCCACCACAGAGGAAAUGGCAUGCAUGAAUUGUUUUAG